AUGUCCAGCAAGAAAGUCAAGAGCAACUUCCUCACUACCAAGUGGACCGAGGCGCCCGUACCUUUCGCCGACAAGGCUCCCAUCAAGACCAUGCUCGGUACGGAGGAGACGACGUUCAAGGGCGACGAGUGGGAAGGCGUCGCUCAUGGCGAGUAUGUCAUGUCCAUGACUACCGACCCGGCCAAAUGGCACUUCGCGGGCCACCUCAUCUUCAACGGUUCGCUCGCGGGCAAGAAGGGUGCCAUGGUGAUGGACGCGAAGGGCACGUACGACAACGGGAAAGUUGCCGGGACUUGGGUUAUCCUCACGGAAACGGCUACUGGAGAGCUCAAGGGCGCCAAGGGCACUGGCUCGUACGUUGUCGAGAAGACCGGCAGCGGCGAACAGACGCAAUGCGAGAUGAACGUCGAAUUCUGA